AUGGCUAACGUUGCUGCUGUUCUUGAAACUCAGAAGUCUCUAGAAACAAUGUUGAUGAGGAGAAUGACUGAUCUGGAGGCUCAGCUACACACUAAAACGACAUCUCCCAAAGAAGACAAAGACAAGUUAACUCUGUUUCAAGAAGAAUUCAACAGCUUUAAAGUUCUUGUGAUUAGCAUCUUCAAGUUGCUCCGACAACAGAUCAGUGAAAUACUGAAGGCCGUCGAUACAAUGGAAACAAGACAGCGUCAGAAAUGUCUUCUGUUUAGUGGAGUGCCGGAGAAGUCUGAAGAGAACCUAUCGGUAACUGUUGUCACUCUAUUUCAGAGGCAUUUGGGAUUGACUGAUGUCUCCAAUAAUUGUGUUAAAACCAGCUACAGGCUAGGCCGCUUCAUUGAAGGACGUACACGACCAAUAGUUGUCCAAUUUUCUAACAUCACUAGCCGGUCAUUAGUGUGGAAAAAUAAAACCAAAUUCAAGGGAUCGUCAUUGGUGUUACAUGAGUUCCUAACUAAAGAACGGCAGGCUGCUUUCAAAACUGCAAGGGACCACUUUGGUGUUAAUAAGGUAUGGACUUCUAAUGGAACAGUCUGUAUUUCAACUCCAGACAACAGUGUUGUGCGGCUUAUUUCAUUGGACGAGUUGAACAAGGUAAUCACAAAGUUUCCCAGAACAUCGCCUGUGGCCGGAGCAUUAGAUGUGGAGCCUUCUCAGAUACUUAAGCCAGUUCAGACCAGAGCUAAGCGAGUUAACAAAAAUGUUAAGUAA